GCACAUUCAGCAUAAGACUAGUGAACUUAUUUUCUUUACAAUUACUUCCAAUGGAGCAUGUGAAACUAUUACUGAUUAUAAUUACUAUUUUGUCCAAUGCUCACACUCUGAAAGCUAGUGAACUUCUUGUUCAUGAGUACUACAAGGAAAAGUGUCCUUUAGCUGAAGACAUAGUGAGACAUAAUGUAGAAGUAGCAGUUUUCAAAGAUCCACGUUUAGCAGCAUCACUACUUCGCUUACACUUCCAUGAUUGUUUUGUCAUGGGGUGUGAUGCAUCGGUGCUUUUGGACAGUGUUGAAGGCAUGACAAGUGAGAAACAAGCUGGACCAAAUCUGAACAGUUUACGUGGAUUUGAAGUUAUUGACAAGAUAAAGUAUUUAUUGGAAGAGGAAUGUCCUCUAACUGUUUCAUGUGCUGAUAUUCUUACUAUGGCUGCUCGUGAUGCUGUUGAAUCAAGAGGAGGACCAAGAUGGGAUGUGUUGCUGGGGAGGAAGGACUCUCUCGAGUCAAGUUUCAGUGGAGCCAACCUAUUCAUCCCUGCUCCAAAUUCCUCUUUAGAAUCUUUAAUUAAUAAUUUUAAGCAACAGGGUCUAAAUAUAGAAGACUUGGUGGUUCUAUCAGGUAGCCAUACUAUAGGAAGGGCAAGAUGUGUAAGCUUCAAGCAGAGAAUCUAUGAAACAAAACAGGAAUAUUAUAAUGGCUAUGAUCGAUACAAAAGAUACACAAACUUCAGAAGAAUCCUACGGUCCAUAUGUCCUGUUACAGGAAGGGACAAUAAAUUUGCACCACUUGAUUUUCAAACACCAAAAAGGUUUGAUAAUCACUACUUCAUAAACAUUCUUGAAGGAAAGGGGUUAUUAGGUUCUGAUAACGUUUUGAUCAGCCAAGACUUUGAUGGAACGAUUAGGGAUCAGGUGUGGGGUUAUGCCACUAAUGAAAAAAUAUUCUUUGCUUCAUUUGCUAAGUCUAUGAUUAAGAUGGGAAAUAUCAAUGUUCUUACAGGAGAUGAAGGAGAAAUAAGAAGGAAUUGUAGGUUUGUCAACCCUUAGGUGUUAUGCAUUUGUAUGGCUUUUUGUAAUAUAAUUAUAACCUUGUUUGGUAGUCAAACAACUUACAAAUAUUCACCUCACUUCAAAAUAAAUUAAUCUUCCAAAAUUAUACACUUCA